ACGUGUUUGGUUCCUGGCCGUUGAUGCGAAACUGGUGAGGGAAGAGCGAUGAAAGGUCCAGAUUCGGGUUCAUUCUGUUCUGUCUCUUCUUCUCGUUCUCUCUGUUCUCUCUCUUGGAGGCGAAUCGUCUGGGUUCUCAUCGCGGCGUUCUCUCUCGUCGGCGUGUCUCGAGCGGUGGUAACGGCGAUUCUCUUGGCGUCUCUCCAUUCCUCUCCACGGCGAUUCGAUUGGCGUCUGUCCCUUCCUCGCGUUUUGUCUCUUAUCGGCGAUUGUAACCUCUCGUGUGUUUCGGAAAAGGUAACAGAAGCAAUGGGAGUGUAUAGCUACUCACAACCUUCUGAGGUCGAGUUCGGUUUAGGAGACGGAUUAACCGACGAUGAGUUUGAAGCUGAUAUACUACUGGACCAAGCUGAGAUUGAAGCAUCGCGGGUUCGUUAUCCUCCACAGCCUGAAGUCGAGUUCGGUUUCCCGAAGGAAUGCUACUGUGGUGCCGUACCGGUUUUAGCCACUUCUCGCACAACGAAUGAUCCGGGGCGCAGGUACUACACCUGUGAGAACGUCGACGACGGAGACUGCCACGUUUAUAAAUGGUGGGACGUGGCAGUAAUGGAGGAGAUGAGAGCCAUGGAUAGUCAGGUUCGCCAGCUCGCUGAGAAGGUAGAUAGUCUAGCGUUUGCGAGCGACUACAUCCCAACUGUGACCCAUGAUACCUCUACGUUUGGUAAUGAGACUGAACAAAAGCUUCUUAGGCUUGAGAAUUUAGUCAUUGAGUUAGGUAAGAAGAAAACUAGGGGUAUGAAUGGGUUUGAGAUCGUUGUUGCCCUUAUGGUUGUGCUUGUAGUUGUACUAGGAAUGGUUGUGAUGUUUAAGUAAGGAUGAUCGUUGUUGUUGUUUUUAUGUUUAAGUAAUGAUGCUUGUAGUUGUACUCGGAAUGA